UGACUCCCCCUUCAGCCGUGCGCGCUUUCUCAGGGACGACAUAAACUACUGCUGCGUAUCCAGGCAUCAUCAGAUCAUUCCCGAUCGCGUUUGAUCUUGACGCUGGAUAUAUUAAUUGUUACCGGCGUGACAUUGUUAUUAACGAUGACUCGUGCAGCUGUGCGCGUUCCCAGGCAACCCCCGUCAUGAACGCGCACUGAACGCGUUCACUCGCUCCGUUUCAUUUCUUCAAAUCAGAGCCGGUCAACGUUAUUGACUAUGGAAAGCUGAGCCUCGUUCAUUCAUACAUACAGCGACAACAGUAACUCAAAGGUCAUUCAGCGGAACCGGAUUUUAUUCACACCACAUUCGUGGUUCUCGACAAGGCCUAGGCCAUGGGCGGAGCCAAGAGUAAACCCAAAGAGCUCGGCCAGCGCUCCCGGAGUCUGGACGAUGGCACCGGAGGACACCAUCACAGUCCCAACCAGUCGUCCUUCACGCCCAACCGGAGUCCGCCGGUGGACGGCACCAGACGCGGCACCCAGCCCAACAUCAUCAACGCGGAGCAGGCACUGUUUGGAGGCGUGAACUCGAACAACAGCAUCACGUCUCCUCACAGGGUCGGCACGCUCUCUGGCGGCGUGACCACGUUUGUGGCUUUGUAUGACUACGAGUCACGAACCGCCUCUGAUUUGUCAUUCAGGAAAGGAGAACGACUCCAGAUUGUCAAUAACACGAGAAAGUUGAACCCCAGGGAAGGCGACUGGUGGUUGGCUCGCUCGCUGACGACAGGAGAGAGUGGAUACAUUCCCAGCAAUUACGUGGCACCGUCGGAUUCCAUCCAGGCUGAAGAAUGGUACUUUGGAAAGAUCACACGCAGGGACUCUGAGCGGCUCCUUUUGAGUCUGGAAAACAGGAGAGGAACUUUCCUGGUCAGAGAGAGUGAGACAACCAAAGGUGCCUACUGUCUUUCCGUUCUGGAUUACGACAACGUCAAAGGUCUAAAUGUCAAACAUUACAAGAUCAGGAAGCUGGACAGCGGGGGAUUUUACAUCACGUCGCGCACACAGUUCAGUACUUUACAGCAGCUGGUCAACCACUACCGCCAGCACGCAGACGGCCUGUGUCACUGUCUGACUGACGUGUGUCCCGUGCUGAAGCCUCAGACUCAGGGCCUGGCACGGGACGCCUGGGAGAUCCCACGCGACUCUCUGAGACUGGACGUCAAACUGGGCCAGGGCUGCUUCGGAGAGGUCUGGAUGGGCACUUGGAACGGCACGACACGCGUGGCCAUCAAGACCCUGAAGCCUGGCACUAUGUCUCCUGAGGCCUUCCUGCAGGAAGCACAGGUGAUGAAGAAACUCCGGCACGAGAAGCUGGUGCAGCUUUACGCUGUCGUCUCGGAGGAGCCCAUUUACAUCGUCACUGAGUACAUGGGACAAGGAAGUCUGCUGGAUUUCCUUAAGGGUGACAUGGGGAAAAUGCUGCGGUUGCCUCAGCUUGUGGAUAUGGCUUCUCAGAUCGCCUCUGGAAUGGCGUACGUGGAAAGAAUGAACUAUGUGCACAGGGACCUCAGGGCUGCCAACAUCCUGGUGAGUGAUAACCUGGUGUGUAAAGUGGCUGACUUCGGCCUCGCUCGACUCAUAGAGGACAACGAAUACACGGCCAGACAGGGAGCCAAGUUUCCCAUCAAGUGGACUGCGCCAGAGGCGGCGCUUUACGGCCGCUUCACCAUCAAAUCUGACGUGUGGUCGUUUGGGGUCUUACUGACGGAGCUGACGACCAAAGGCAGGGUGCCUUAUCCAGGUAUGGUGAACCGGGAGGUGCUGGACCAGGUGGAGCGUGGUUACAGGAUGCCCUGUCCCGCCGAGUGCCCCGAAUCCCUGCACGAGCUGAUGCUGACCUGCUGGCGCAAGGAGCCCGAAGAGCGGCCCACCUUUGAAUACCUCCAGGGCUUUCUGGAAGACUACUUCACCUCCACUGAACCACAGUACCAGCCAGGCGAGAACCUCUAGAGAUGCAGAUCCAGUCAAGAGUGAGAGCAGCGAAAAGGAUAUCAUUUCCCUGACCGGGAAAACGAACGCGGGAUGUUUGUGACAUAACCCAAACAAAACUGAUCCACAUGGGACAACAACAUUGCAUCCAGCUAAAUCAGCCCAUUUAAAGCAACUUAUUGGGUUUUCACAUGGUCUCAGUGUUACAGCAUUAUAAUCGCAUGUUUUUCCACUUUCAUCGCAGAUGAGCUGCAAACAGCAAGACAAGAUGCAUCUUUUCUGCAAAGAAAUUCAAUAACAAAUUGCUUCUUCAGCCGCCGUUUCUGCUGAUAAUUGUUGCAAGGCUUUAUUUCCGAAGCUCUGCGGAUUGAUCCCUAGCUGUUUUCUUGACCUCGAUGUACCACCACUUCUCUCCUAAACCCUUUUAGCGGAUGCUCCAGAUCUGUCAUUCAUCCUCCUCCCACAAUCCCUCACUUCUAUCCCCGAACAAACCCCUAAAGCGUCAGCUCCAUCAGCUCUGGUGUUCGUCGUGAACCCUGCGACCCGUUCACAAGCUCAGAUGGACAAGGUUAGAUGCGUCAGCGCAUGUUGGGAGACAUCUGUGACUGCAGCUCUCUCGUGACGAACGGACGUUCCCGUUAAUGUCUUCCAAUAGAUAUCCAGGGUCUGUAUCUGAACAUGGUAUUUUAUGCUUUUUAAUGGUAGAAAUGAGCUUUCGUCCCACUAUGUUUGUUGGUUUCUUUUGUAUCAACCUGGAUAAACUGGAAUAAGAACGUGAUUGGUUGAACACUGGUCACAUGAUUGGAAUUCGUUCUGAAUUCUGAAAUGAUGUAAAUGAAACAUUCUUCCUUUUGAUAUGGACUCAAAUAGAGAAUCGUUCAGAAUGUGGUUUCAUUUGAUACAGUUAUUCUACUCUUCUAGUAUUCAAAACAACUACUGAUAUAUAUAGCAUUGUUUUUGUUUAAAGCAGAAAUGACUGUAUAGUCCUACUUUGUGUGCCAAUACAAAGGAAAAAAAUGAAUUUUGUACUGUUUUAUUAUGUAUCAAAUGUAUUUUUAUUAAUGUUGUUUUUGUAACAAAGAGGAUGAGCAGGCUUUGUAACUAGAAUUUAAAGGAAUAGUUCACUGGAAAAAAAAAAAGAAAGUUGUCAUUUUCUAACCCUCGUGUCAUGUAAAACGCAAACGGAGAUGUUUAGAUGAAUGUUCAUGCUGCUCUUUUCCAUAAACAGUACUUUUACAUUUAUUGCAUGAGGAAAAACGUCCUCUAAAUGUUUCUUUUUGUAUCCCAUGGCAAAAAUAACAGCGUAAAAGUUUGGAAUGACAUAAGGGUGAGUAAAUUAUGACAAUUUAAAUUUUUACACUGCAAAAAAAAAUUUUUUUCCUUAGUAUUUUUGCCUUGUUUUCCCAUUACUAAUAUCUUAACAUUCAUACAUCAAGCGAAAUGAUAUAAGAUAGUUGUUUUCUGAAAUUAAGUGACUCUGUUUAAAACAAGAAAAAUAUCUGGCAACUUGUUUAGCCUUAUAAUUAAGUAUUUUUCUCACCCAGAUAUUUUUUCUCGUUUUAAGCCUAAACUCACUUAAUUUUGAUCUUUUUUUUUUUUUUCAGAAAACAAAACUUUUUAUCAUGAGUAUUUUGCUUCUCAAGUUGAUUUAAGGAUGUUGAAAUAUUUGUACUGGAAAACAAGACAAAAACACUGAGGAAGAAAAUCUACUUUUGUAGUGUCUGUGAACUAUUGCUUUUAUCACUCAUGAAUAUUGUUCAAGAGAUGUUUGAACUGACUCCUCAAAGCUCCUUAAAUGCUUGAAUUUGAAACGUUUUAUCUUUUGGGCUUUUUGAAACAAAUUCUGACACAUGCCAUCAAAGUCGCCAAUAUGUUAUAUGCAAAAUAGCCAUUGUUAUAUAUAAUUGUGGAUAAUGACCUCAAUCCCAUCACUACUGCUUUCCCAUAAGAUCCACAGAAAGCCAUGAACCUUGUCUGUGAGGUGUUAGUGAUGGUUUGAGAUACCCGAAUAAAUAAUAUAAUCACUGCUGAGACAAUGUAGAAUGAAAUAGAUUAGAGUUGUAGGGAUGUUUGUGCUGAUACGAUGAUGGUUGCAUUUAUGGUAAGGGUUUGGAAAUGUCCCGAUGAGUUGUUUAGAAUGGCAUGCAGCUGUAAUCGCAGUACUUUAGCUGGUAGAUGUGUGACGCCUGUCGAAAUAUUCUGUAAAUACUUUCGUAUGUAAAUAUUCUUUUCAUAUUUAUUCAUAUUGCCUCAGUUUUAUGUUCAGCAGAGCUUUGCUUGUUUCUCCCCGUAAGAUCAAUGUUAUAGGUAGAUGUUUGGUCCUGCGCGAAGCCGAUCGCAAAAAUAUCCUAGUUGCGUUCUGCAAAUCUGGUUUUCCUACAGCAACUGAAUGCAUAGAGAAGCAGCCAAUCACAAAACGGGAAGGAUUCACAGAUUCAAGUCACUUUCUUUAUUUUUAUUUACAGUAAGAAGCUCACCUUUAAGAGUCAUUUCUUGAGGUGUGACUUUGGCACUAAAGUUUUAUUAUUACUUUUUAACUGUUUUAACUUGCAAUACAUCUGCUGUUGAUUUUGACAGGUAGUUACUGCAAAGUAAACUGCACUGUAUGCAUCGCUCUGAUCGUAAUGUGACUUACGGAGGAUAUUUGACGAUGGAUGGACGAAUGGCGUGUUCUGCUGGUUCGUGCUGAAGAACUGGAAAAAUAAAAUUAUGACAAGUAAAACGAGUCAAAUCUACAAGUAACCACAAUAUUAGUGCAUCCCAAUCUAAUGUAUUCAAACUAUGCAGUUGUUUUCUUUGAGUUGCGUGUCUGUAUUUUAACUGCAGUUGCUUUCAGUCAGAUUCCAGGUACUUGCUCCCAGUGUACAGUUCUGCGAUGACUGGUUUCAAAAUAUGAAAUAACACUGAAAUGAGAUUUGUACUUUAAAAAUUUAUGACAUGGUGUUAUCUUUUUUUUUUUUUUUUAAGUGCAAUAAACUAUGUUUCUAAA